UUAUGUAUGCCAGCUGAUCUACGACUGGGAGCAGAGGAAGAGCUCCAACAUCAGCAACUGCAGUGACAACGGCAAUAAUCUUUCGAUUUAAAAUGCUGGGAUAGCAAAACACUGAAAUACAGCGCCUAACGAAACGCAAGAAGUUACAGCUGUCAGAGAAAACCGCGACGGUCAAGAGGAAAUGUAGAACAAAAGGUUUUAUGUAUUAUUUUUUUGUAGCAAGAAACUUCUGAAAAUGGUGGACAUUCAGAGGCAGUAUACUUGGGUCAGGGCCUUGCAGUUUUGUUUCUGAAGGAAAUUGGCCCUGCGUUUUAAAGGGUUGAAAUAAGAUAAAAAGAACAGACAGUAAAAACCUACUAAAACAAAACAGACAAAGACUAAUUAGACGAAGGUUGUAUGUGAACUGCUGUACUACCAGGAAAUAACAACAGUGGGAAAAGCAGGAAUAGAUCUCACACAAGCAAGCAAGGAAAAAAAAAAAUGUGGCUAAAGCUGUUUUUCUUGCUGCUUUAUUUUUUGAUCUUGUUCGUUCUGGCACGGUUUUUCGAAGCUAGGGUCUGGUAUGAGUCGGGUAUUUUCGCUACUCAGCUAGUGGACCCUGUGACUCUGAGCUUCAAAAAGCUGAAGACUAUCCUGGAAUGCAGAGGGUUGGGAUACUCUGGGCUCCCAGAAAAGAAGGAUGUCCGGGAACUAGUUGAGAAGUCGGGUGAUCUCAUGGAGGGGGAACUUUACUCCGCCCUCAAAAAUGAGAAAGAGGCUUCAGAGACAGUUUCCAGCACCUCCUUCAGCGGUGAGAUGCACUUCUACGAGCUUGUGGAAGACACCAAGGAUGGCAUCUGGUUGAUCCAGGUCAUAGCUAAAGACAGACAUCCUCUUUUGAGUAAAGUCAACUGGGACAAAAUGGUGAGGAAAGUUUCCCAAUUCGGUAUCCGCACUGGCAUCUUCCACUGCUCGAAUGACUCCAGAUAUUGUAGGAAAAGAGGCUGGCUGAAGUCCACACUCAUCAUGUCUGUCCCCCAGACCAACACUUCCAAAGGGAAGGUGAUGUUGAAAGAGUACAAUGGCAACAGGAUCGAAACAGAACACAUCUUCAAGUGGAUGACUGCUCACAUUGCUUCCCGGAUAAAAACCAUCCACUACACCAAUCAGUUAAUGGACGAGUGGAACAAGAGUGACCAGUAUCAGGUAAAAAUGUACCUGUUUGCCAAACUAGACCAACCUCCUGCAUUUUUCUCUGCUCUCAGUGUGAAAUUUACUGGGAGGAUAGAAUUCAUUUUUGUGGAUGUACGAAAUUGGAAGAGUCAAGACUGCUUGAAAGAGAUCAGUGUACAACAGAUACCUUCAUACCUACUUAAAACACCUGAAGGGAGCUAUAGAUAUGGGAACAGUACAGGGGAGUUUAUAUCUCUCAAUGCUAUGGACGCUUUCCUACGUUCAAUACAGCCAGAAGUGAAUGAUUUAUUUGUAUUAAGCCUGGUUAUGGUCAACCUAAUGGCCUGGAUGGAUUUAUUUAUAACACAAGGUGCCACUAUAAAGCGCUUUGUGGUCCUUAUAAGUACACUUGGGACAUACAACUCCUUAUUAAUAAUUUCCUGGCUCCCUAUACUUGGCUUUCUACAGUUGCCAUACCUAGACAGUUUUUAUGAAUACAGCCUCAAGUUUUUAAGGUAUGCCGACACAACAACCAUAGCCUCUUGGGUAAGAGCUGAUUGGUCAUUUUAUUCCUCCCAUCCGGCUCUUUUUCUUAGCACUUACCUUGGUCAUGGAUUACUGAUCGAUUACUUUGAGAAGAAGAGGAGGCGCAACAAUAAUGACGACGAAAUCAAUGCCAAUAAUCUUGAAUGGCUGUCCAGCCUUUGGGACUGGUACACAAGCUACCUGUUUCACCCCAUUGUUUCCUUUCAAAACGUUCCCAUUGAGUCGGACUGGGAUGAUGACCCCAACUUGCUUCUGGAGAGACUGGCAUUCCCAGAUCUGUGGCUUCACCCAUUAAUCCCCACUGACUACAUCAGGAAUCUGCCCACUUGGCAUUUUAAACCUGUCUUUGCCCAAUCCGAAGAAGCUGCUGCAGAAAACUGGCAGGAAAGUGGUUGUGAGUCCGAGAACGAAGCCAAGACUAAAACUGAACUGUCGGAUGAUGAGAUGAGAGCCACCCAGAGUCUAUCAAAAGAGGAAUGUCUUGGAGGAAGUCUUUGUGAAUGUACUUGCGUUACUAAAAACUUUGAAGGCAGGCCCAAUGGUAGAAAAUGCAAGGGCCAGGGGACUUGUAGCACUAAAGAGAACAUUGAACCUGACUGGUCCUCAUGGCCCAGGGACAUGUUGCAAUGCACGGAAUGCGUGGUGUGUCUAGAAAAUUUUGGAAGUGGUUGCAUAUUAAUGGGCCUUCCAUGUGGUCACGUGUUCCACCAGCAGUGCAUUGUGGUCUGGCUUGCAGGCGGCCAACACUGCUGCCCAGUUUGUAGGUGGCCGUCCUACAAAAAGAAACAUUGCAGACCACUACCGCAGCAGCAGCAGCAGCAGCAGUAGUAGCGGCGGUGGUGGCGGCAUCAGCCAGCUUCUUUUAUUGGGUGUAACUCCUUAUUAAUGAUGGCUGAAAGUCUGUCUCCUGCAUUUAAAUAUCUUAAUAUUUGAUGUGUUAAUGUUAGUUGUUUAGGUCUGUGCUGAUUUUGUGGUUUGAAGUUUAGUUUACACGUUUAGACAAAAAAAGAAGAAAAAACAGAUCCACAGCAUAUUAGCCCUAAAAUUACAGGACAAACUUAUAUUUGGUUGCCUUCUACAAUGCAUUUCAACUAUAGUGAAUAUUUUUGUUGUCUUUUUCUUUUAUUUUAAAGAUACAAA